AAGCACGGGUCGCGAGUUGGUGGUUGGUUUGGGAUUUGAUCUUUUUUGAGCUGGUGGUUUAGCGCGACGCGACAGUUUUUCCGCGGUGUAUACGCCCUCCUCGUUGAGAAGCUUUCGGUGCGGGUCUUUGGGGACCCUUUCGGAGAGUGUCCUGUUUUUUCCGUGGAUUAACUUCUGAAGUUGAAAAAGUGUGUGUAAAGUGCCGUGUGCGUGUGCCAAGUUAAAUUUUCCUUGUUGCUGCGGAGGAAUUUUCCAAGUUUUUAACAACAACAGUUUCGAUAUGGCCAUAGACUGGCGAAAGAGGGCGGCCCCAAUGUUGGUGGCGGCCCAUGCGGCUUUGAUGUUGCUGCUGCUGAUCGGCCAAGCAGAUGCGGUGCGAGUUUCGCAGACCGGCAGAUCCCGAUUAACAGAUGCCCCAGCAGCGAGCGAUCAGAGCGCGUCCCCAUCCUGGUGGACCUCCCACAUUGCCGACGCCCUGCCCACAUCCAAAAACAACUACUUCCAGGCCACCCAUGGCCUAGUCCAGACACACCCCUCGCUGGGCAAGCUGACUGCCGGAUCGGCACCGCAAACUCUGCCCCUGACGGCCGGAGGUGCCCGUACAUCGGCCAAGGCCAGUCUGGCCAGUGGAUUCCCAUCCAUCGCCAAUCACAAUUCCCGCUCCCCCUUCCGUCAUUUGGAUUUCAGCAGCAGUGCUACCGCCGAGUUGCGCCGCAAUCCCAGCCUGUCCGCUCCGGAUGAGUGUGCCCGUGCUUGCCGCGAAGGAGAACCACCAAGGAUUUGCUACUAUCACUUUACCGUUGAAUAUUAUACCGUGCUCGGAGCUGCCUGCCAGGUGUGUACCCCGAAUGCCACCAACACCGUCUGGAGCCACUGUCAGUGCGUGCUGGCCGAUGGUGUCGAGCGUGGUGUGCUCACAGUGAACCGUAUGAUCCCCGGCCCGAGCAUUCAAGUGUGCGAAAACGAUAAGGUUGUGAUCGAUGUCGAAAACCACAUGGAGGGUAUGGAACUGACCAUCCAUUGGCACGGAAUCUGGCAACGUGGAACCCAAUACUAUGACGGUGUCCCGUUCGUAACCCAGUGCCCCAUCCAGCAGGGAAAUACUUUCAGAUAUCAAUGGACCGGUAAUGCAGGUACUCACUUCUGGCACGCUCACACUGGUCUGCAGAAGUUGGAUGGUGUUUACGGUAGCAUCGUAGUCCGUCAGCCUCCAUCUCGGGACCCCAACUCACAUCUGUACGAUUUCGAUUUGACCACCCAUAUCAUGCUGGUGAGCGAUUGGUUGCACGAAGAUGCCGCUGAACGAUACCCAGGUCGUCUGGCUGUCAACACCGGUCAAGAUCCCGAAUCGCUGCUCAUCAACGGCAAGGGACAGUUCCGUGACCCGAACACCGGCUUCAUGACCAAUACCCCGUUGGAAAUCUUCACCAUCACUCCGGGCCGUCGCUAUCGGUUCCGUAUGAUUAACGCCUUUGCUUCGGUUUGUCCCGCCCAAGUUACCAUUGAAGGACACGGUUUGACCGUGAUCGCCACCGACGGAGAACCCGUGCACCCAGUUCAGGUCAACACCAUCAUCUCGUUCUCAGGUGAACGUUACGACUUUGUCAUCCAGGCCGAUCAACCGGUGGGAGCUUACUGGAUUCAGCUGCGAGGUCUCGGUGAGUGUGGUAUCAAGCGAGCUCAGCAAUUGGCCAUCCUUCGGUACGCCCGAGGUCCUUAUCAGCCCACAUCGCCUCCACCAACCUAUGACGUCGGUUUGCCCCAGGGAGUGGUUCUGAACCCACUGGACGCCCAAUGUAACCGUGUCCGAGAUGACGCCAUCUGCGUUAGCCAGCUGAAGAACGCCAAGGAAAUCGACCGUGCUCUGCUGCAGGAGAAACCCGACGUCAAGAUCUUCCUGCCCUUCCGCUUCUAUCUGUACCGACCAGAGGAACUGUUCCAGCCUAACACCUACAAUCGAUUCUUGGUCGCCCCUACCGGAGAUCACGUCAUCUCGCUGAUCGAUGAAAUCUCAUACCUGUCGGCACCAGCUCCUCUGCUUUCCCAGUACGACGACAUCAACCCGGAACAGUUCUGUAACGGCGAUAAUCGACCGGCCGAUUGUGGCGCCAACUGCAUGUGUACCCACAAAAUUGACAUUCCACUGAACGCAAUCGUCGAAGUUGUGCUCGUUGAUGAAGUUCAACAACCGAAUCUGAGCCAUCCGUUCCAUCUGCACGGGUAUGCGUUCAACGUCAUCGGUAUUGGUCGAUCGCCCGAUUCCAACGUUAAGAAAAUCAAUCUGAAGCACGCCCUCGAUCUGGAUCGUCGCGGUUUGCUGCACCGACAGUACAAUCUGCCUCCACUGAAGGAUACCAUCGCGGUGCCCAACAAUGGCUACGUGGUUAUGCGGUUCCGUGCCGACAAUCCUGGAUUCUGGCUGUUCCACUGUCACUUCCUGUUCCACAUCGUGAUAGGAAUGAACCUGAUCCUGCAGGUCGGCACGCUCGGAGAUCUGCCGCCAGUUCCGCCAAACUUCCCAACCUGCGGCGAUCACUUACCUCCAAUCCAGUAAAACGCCCGUGUUUUUGCGCUAACCAGUUAGAAAAGCAACACAACAGAAAGAAAAAAAAACCUUAACGAGAACCGGACCGUCUCCGGUUCUUGUCUUCUCUAGUGUACUUUUUUUUCUCCUUCUUCUAAUUAGUUAAUGAGAAUAUGCUUACAGGAAUCAGAGAAGUGAUCACAGCGAAUAUUCGAGCGGAAAGCUCCAGGGAUCUGUCCGAGGGAUGAUAGUGGAUACUUUAAAAAAGUACUUUCUUAGCAUAAUUCUCGAACGCGUUCGGUGUUAAGCGCAUUCUUUAGGAUAAAUAUGACAAAACAAAACCCGUGAAAUACUCCCAGCAAACGAAGCAAAAACAAACCACAAACAGCCACUACAUUUGCACCUGCACUCGAACACACUGGCCACGAUUCCAGGCAACGUGCUGGCUGUGUUCAGACUUUCUUCUUAAGAGAUUUUUGUGUUAAUUUAUAGAGUUUUUUUUUCUUUUAGGUAAAUUAAUAGUUAGUUAGAACAAUCGAGAGAAGAAGAUGAGAGAAUCGCGUGCGCAGGAAGCUAAAUAUUGUAGGAAUCAUACACACACAAUGGAGAGCUUCUCACAUUUACCGCAUUCCCUCAACAAACAUGCUGCACACAAGCUAAACUAACAGACUCCUCUCUUUUUUUUUGGUAACCCCCUCAUUUAUAGUUUUGUGCCUCAUCUUUGCAUUUCCCUUCUAUGCUUCCCUGUUCCUUUUUCCAUAUAUAUGUAUAUUUUAGUAACAGCAUUUUUAACCGAUUUUAUGUUCUAGAUUGUAAAGUAUGCCGCCAUAUUUAUUUACUUUAGCAUUUUUUGUGUUUUUUCCUUAACCCCUCACCUUUUUUCUGUACUUACCUGCACUUAGUUUGAUGUCCCAGUUUGAUUUUCUAGCAUUUUAUGUGUAAGAUUCGCAUUGUCGAAGCGCGUACAGCAAAAAAUACGUGUAAAUAUUUAUAAUACUCAUGAAAAUCUUUACCAUUUGUAUUGUAAAAUCGACGACGACAUUCAUUUGCAUCAUUCAGUGUUAGCGCAACGAAACGUACUCUCUGGAGCACCUUUGAAUAGCAAACGUUUCAUUGUUUUUUCCACUUUUCGGAGCAAAAUUCAUCAAAUCCAAUUAUUUUUGUAAAUACUCAAAAUUUAAUAACUAAAUCAAGCACUGCCAUCGUCUGCUAGUCCAUCAAGAUCAUGACCACAAUAACGAAAAAUGUUCAUGAGAGGUACGGAACAUCAAAUGAAAAAAAUAAUACAAACAACAUCUAAACCUCAUUUUCAUCGAAGCCUCAAUCCUCAGCUGAUGAAAACAACACUGCCAAUAGAUAAAUGAUGCAAAUGCAAUUCACCUACAAUUUCUAACUUAGUUUCGUUAAUCGUAUCAGAUUUUAUUUGUAUUAGAAUUUUGUUCGAGUGAUUGAUUACCAUUUUUAAAAAAGCAAGGAUUAUGUUUUCGUGAAAAAAUAACUGCUCCCAUACAAUAUGUAAGCGCGAAAAGAAAAUCGUAGAACCAAUCCGCAGCUACAAAUACCCGACAGCCUGGGAAAAGUGGUGCUCAAUUUAUGGACUAAUAAAUUAAGCACCCACUUCUCCUCAGGCUACGCCCAAAACGAUUUAAGUGUGUAUAAAAUUGUGUAUAUAAAAAAUAA